ACGCGCUCACUUUCCCGCCCCCUCCCCCAGGCCAGCAGCCCGCCUGUCAGGGACACCCCUGCGCCCCGCCAGGAGGGACUUCCCGGGCAGCCCCGGAGCCCGUCCCGGCCCUCCCCUCCCCCACCCGCCGCUCUCCCGGAGGUCCAGGUCCGGGAGAUGACAGGCGCUCCCAGGAAGCCGAGGGCGGAGUGGCCGAGGAAGUCCGUAGGCCCCGAGGCCUCCCCAGGCGCCUCUACUCACCGUGUCAGAGGCCGAGGCCCACAGAUGAGAGUGCAGCGUGCAGGGACAAUGCUGAAAGGAAUGACAAGGCUUAUCUCCAGGGUCCACAAGUUGGACCCUGGACGUCUUUUGCACACGGGGACCCAGGCACCCCAAAACCUUGCUGCUCACCUGGACGACCAGGUUUCAAGUGAGAGGCGCAGAGCCAUUUCCCGCACCAGUGAGAAUGACCCGGCCAAGCACGAACAGCAGCACGAGGGCCAGCACUACAACAUCCCCCUCUCGGACCUGAAGGCCCUGUUCCCCCAGGGCCUGCCACCGCGCUACGUGAAGCAGGUGAAGACAUUCAAUGAAGCUUGCCUGAUGGUAAGGAAACCAGCCCUCGAGCUUCUGCAUCACCUGAAAAACACCAAUUUUGCUCACCCGGCUGUGCGAUACGUUCUCUAUGGGGAGAAGGGAACAGGAAAAACCCUCAGCCUUUGCCACAUUAUUCAUUUCUGUGCCAAACAGGACUGGCUGGUACUGCAUAUUCCAGAUGCUCAUCUUUGGGUGAAAAACUGCCGGGAUCUCAUGCAGUCCACCUACAACAAACAGCGCUUCGAUCAACCUCUAGAGGCUUCGAUCUGGCUGAAGAAUUUCAAAACUGCAAACGAGCGUUUCCUGAGUCAGAUAAAGACUCAAGAGAAGUACGUGUGGAAUAAGCGAGAAAGCACCGAGCAAGGCAGCCCUCUGGGCGAAGUGGUUGAACAGGGCAUGACCCGCGUGAGGAGCGCCACCGAUGCCGUGGGGAUUGUGCUCAAAGAGCUGAAGAGACAAAGCUCUCUGGGAACUUUCCGCCUCCUCGUGGCAGUGGAUGGAGUCAAUGCUCUCUGGGGAAAGACGACACUGAAGAGAGAAGAUAAAAGCCCGAUCGCCCCAGAGGAGCUGGCCCUCAUUUACAACCUGAGGAAAGUGGUACGGAACGACUGGAACGGAGGUGCCAUUGUGCUGACCCUGAGCCAGACUGGCUCUCUCUUUAAGCCCCGGAAAGCCUGGCUGCCUCAGGAGUUGCUGGGAAAGGAAGGAUUUGAUGCCCUGGACCCCUUUAUUCCCAUCCUGGUUUCCAACUAUAACCCAAAAGAAUUUGAAAGUUGUCUUCAGUAUUAUUUGGAGAACAGCUGGCUUCAACAUGAGAAAGCCCACACGGAGGAAGGGAAAAGGGAGCUGCUGUUCCUGAGUAACUCGAACCCGGGGCAGCUGGAGCGGCUGUGUGCCUGCCUCUGAGCCGUGGUUACACCCCGUCGGAUGGGUCUGUCACCCAGCGGAGCUCGUGGGACCGGAGAGGACGGCAGUCGGCUCGCACCCUGCGCCGAAAUGGGUUCCUUGUGAAUGUAAAGCGACUGUAAUGGCAGUAAGAUGUCCUCUUGUUUUUGGAGCUCACAUCAGUUUAUUACAUGUGGUUUUCAUGUUAAUUAAUCAUGGUUUUUUUCCUUAACAAUUAAAUUAUCUUUCUUAAAAUGUG